AUGGAGCUGCAGAUGGAGGAGCGGCGGAAGCAACUGAGCUUGAGUCGUAAACUGAUUGUUGGCAACGUCACGCCAAGAGAUACUAGGGCGAUUACGGUAGCCGUUGUGGAGACCCAGAGCGCGAUAUGCCGUACCUCCAAGAACCGUUGCGCCUGCAGCGCCGGUGUCUCCGGCGGCGAAACCGGCGAACCUUUCUUCGACGUCUUCAAAGGCUUCGGUCGCUUCGGUGACUUCGACCACUUCGACGGCUUCAACUUCUACGACGGCUUCGACCAAAAUACCUUCUACAAGCUCUUCCACGACUGCGAAAAGUUCAUCAUCGUCUACUACUGCUGCAUCCACAACUGCUUCUACCGCGGGAACUUCAGCGGCACCGACAUUAACACCGAUACGCGACGCGAACGCAACGCUACGGCGAUUCGUUCAACCCCAGUUUCAGGCUGCAACGGCGACGACGUGGCGUGCCCGGCGGCCAAUGGAACUCGAGUGUGCACCCCGAUCGACCUGAUGCUCAACAAGACGACCUGUGAAAUUCGAGGCUGUCCGAAAGGCCAGGCCCCGAUCCACGUGGGAACGAAUCAGACGCUGACGUGCGUCCCGCUGACAAUACUCAGCGGUGGACUGUUGCCGUCGAUGUGGCAGUUUGCCGAGUGCAAAGCCGCCGGCGAGCUGUUCUGCAACGGGACGUGCCUAAACGUGGACGACGUGGACGCGGUGGGCCCCGACGGACAAUGUAGAUUACACCCCAAGCCACCACCGGAGCCGGCCAACGCACCGGAGGUGAUCGUGAAAAAACCAAAGGCGGCCCAGAUGCACGCCGACUACACGGCCGUCAACAUUCUCAUCAUGGUCUUUUUGGGGAUUCUGGCGCUGCUCGCCGUGCUGGCUGUCAUCGUGUAUUUUGCGCUGAAACGAUCCGCGAAGAACAAAAAGAAAAAGAAGAGCACCAGCUCGGAACACACGUACGGCUCCGAUCCGGAACCGCCGGUCAAAAAGAAGAAGAGCACCAAGAGCGACAAGGAGGACAAUCUCGACCCGGCGUUCCUGACUGUCAUUGACGACAAGGCGAGCCACGCGGCGUCGGCGAUACGCUCCACCCAC